AUGUCACCUAUUUUCAAGUUUUUAAGCUUAUUUACAGCAAUCACAAUUAUUCUUUCAACAUUUAUAUCACCAGCUAGUGCUUUUGGAGGAGAGAAAAGAACAGAUAUUCAAAAAGAACGUAAUUUAAAUAAAAAUAUGAAACAACUAGAUAAUUUAUUCAAAACAAAAGGACGUGGUCGUAAAGGAGCUGCUCCAAAGAGAAAUAAUAUAAAUAUCCAAACUGUUGGUUCAAAAGUUGAUAGUUUGAAAAGAAAGCUUGAAAACAAAGAUAAAAACGUCGGUGAUGCUUUAAAAAAAGAUUCACCAAAUAGAUUUAUCAUUAGUUCAGGAGCAAAAGAAUUUAAAGCAACAAAAGAUGAAGCUGCAACUAUAACUCCAGUUCAACCAAAAAGAACUGUCGAUAAUUAUAAAAGAAAUCAACCAACUCCAACACCAAAUACAAAAGAUAUAAUGAAUAUUGAAAGUUCUGGAUAUUUACAAAGAUAUCAAAAUCUAGCAAUGGAUAAACUUGGACAAGUUUAUAAUGGUGUUUCUGCAAAAGUUAAUUCUGCUAUUAAAGGUUAA